AUGAAUGUGAGCAGAGACAAGGUCGGUGACAUCUCCAUCCCGGCAGCGGCAGCAGCGGCGGUGACAGCCCCCGCGGCCGGCAUCGGCGGGGAGCCCCGCGGCUGCCACGGGGAAGGCAUGGACAGCCGCGGGGAGCAGCGGCUCUCGGCCGGCGGCGAGCUGCCGCUCUACUGCCCUGCCAACCGGGACAGGCAAGGGGACAGCCAGAGCAACACCCCCGGACAAGAGGGGGCAGUGGCCGCGCUGCCCAUGGUGCACAGAACCACCUCCUUCUCCGUGCUCGACAUCCUGGACCCUAACAAGUUCAACAGCAAGCGGCGGCAGUGCGCGGGCUUGUACAAAUCGGCGGGGAGCGAGUUCACGCUGGGGGCGGAGGAUAAGCCCGAGGACUCAGGGACGGAGCUGGCCGAGCAAAAGGCUCUCGCCGAAGAUUUCGACGCGUGUAAGAAGUCCGCAGAGCUGAUCAAGGACGGGGAGCUCUACAAGGCCGAGGAGUGCGACCUGGACUACAGCAGCCGGCCGAGCCGCAGCCCCGACAGCGAGCUGCAGGACGACGAGGAGCUGUGCAGCGAGGAGAGCGGCAGCACCAGCGGCACCGAGGCGGCCGAGGCGGGGCUCGUCCCGGCCCCGGCGCCCCCUCCGCCGCCCCCGCCGCCGGCGCCCGUCGGGGCGCAGCCCCAGCCCGGCCCGCAGGCCAAGCCCAAGAGGAAGAGGACGGGCUCGGACUCCAAGUCGGGCAAGCCCCGGCGGGCGCGGACAGCCUUCACCUACGAGCAGCUGGUGGCGCUGGAAAACAAGUUCAAAUCCACGCGGUACCUGUCGGUGUGCGAGCGCCUCAACCUGGCGCUGUCCCUCAGCCUCACCGAGACGCAGGUGAAGAUCUGGUUCCAGAACCGCCGCACCAAGUGGAAGAAGCAGAACCCGGGCGCCGACACCAGCGCGCCCACGGGCGGCGGCGGCGGCGGCGGGGCGGGGGCCGGGCUGGGCGGCGGGGCGCUGCCGGGGGGGCUCAGCCCCCUCAGCCACUCGCCGCCCAUGGGCGCCCCGCUCUCCAUGCACGGCCCCGGCAGCUACGCCGGGCACCCGGCCGGAGGGCUGGUCUGCGCCGCCCAGCUGCCCUUCCUGCCCAGCCCCGCCGUCCUCUCGCCCUUCGUCCUGGGCUCCCAGACUUACGGCGCUCCGGCUUUCUACACCCCGCACCUAUAA